GAGUAAGCAGUGGCUACCAGCCUUAUCCCCUGCUGCUUAGAGGGCACAGCAAAAACAGUGGCACUCACUAGUUUCUUCUUUUCCGAGUCGAACACAUCACAUAAUGAUUUCAAAUUCAAUGGUAGUGGCUUCUUCUCUGUUUUCCUCAUCACCCUGCGCCCUCUUCACUUCCCAUAAGCUUUCUCCUUCCUUCAAACAAAGGCAUACACACUUGUCUCUCCCACGCUAUUUCGUUUUCAGUUCCAAAAGGACUCUUUCUUCAGUUUGCUUCUCCAACGCUGGAGACAAAUCUGACACCAACAAGGAAUCUGGAUUGCAAUGGCCUAUUCUCAGGCGAUGGGAAGUGCCUUGGGAAUGGCAAACAGUUUCGUUAACCUCUUUUGCUUGUGGAUUGGGUUUUGUGUUGACAGGUUUGGUUGAAGCAACUGCUCUACCGUAUCUAGGGAUUACACCUGAUGUGCUAAGUAUAGAUGAGAAAGCAGAGAUACUUUUUCUCGAUCAGGGCAUCACAACUGCCGUUGUACUUGGAAUCAUAUAUCGUGUUGUCAACACUUUCGAGCCACUCCCUGAAGACUUCUUCAAAUAUGAUUGGAGGGAACCUUUCAAUCUUCAAAAGGGUUGGCUUUUGUGGGCUGGAGUUGGACUUGUUGGUGCCCUAAUUGCCAUUGCUUUGUUGGGAGUUGCUGUGUCUUUCUUCAAUGGAGAACCCCCACAAAGAGAGACUGAUGCUCUUGUUCGUUUGCUUCCAUUAAUUGGAUCUUCAAAUCUCAGCACUGCAUGCUUGGUGGGCAUCACAGGUGUUCUAGCUCCACUCCUUGAGGAGAAUGUAUUUAGAGGGUUUUUUAUGACUUCCCUGACUAAGUGGGUUCCUACACCAGUUGCUGUCAUCAUUAGCGCUGCUGUUUUUGCCCUUGCCCAUCUCACUCCUGGAGAAUUUCCACAGUUGUUUGUUCUAGGUACUGCUUUGGGGUUUUCAUAUGCUCAAACGCACAACCUUCUCACCCCCAUCACUAUCCAUGCUUUUUGGAAUUCAGGAGUUAUACUACUUCUUACUUUUCUCCAGCUUGAAGGGUACGAUGUCAAAGAAUUCUUGCAGACAAAUUGAUGGAAAAUUCUCUCCUUUACAUGGAUGUGGAGCUUGUACAGUAUAGAGUACCGAUCCAUUUAUUUGCAUAUCUAUGCUCCCUUUCCCCCUUUCCCCGUUGGAAAAUAUAAUCAGGUUCUUGUUUCAAACAGUGAAGUAGGAAAUCAUUGUUUGAUCAUGCAAGUUAGAAGGUUGCCAAGAAAUAAGACUCUUUGAUCAUUCUAUUGUUUAGAUUUUUUUGGAAAGCUUACAAAGUAGAGUGAGUUAUCAAUUUA